AUGCGUUUCUUUAUUUGGGCCUUUGCGACUGUCCUUGGUCUAGCCCUUGCCUCACCUAUCGAAGCCGGCAAAGGAGUGGCACUUUCUUCCCGGUCCAACAACUGCUUCACACUCUGCAAGAUCGAUGGUGGACUAGGGCCGGCCAGCACAAUGUCACAGAGAAAAGCGGGCAAUGCAGCGUCGACAGCCAAGACAGCCCCGGGGGUCCACGAGUCUCGGCCGAUUACGUAUUGA